GCAUAUCGAAGCGCUAUCAUCGCUUUGGCGGAUCUUUUAGAUACGCACUGAACUGAAACGACUCGAAUCGAAUUUUAUUUGACCGGCGUGCAUUUUUUGUUUUUGUCGCGCCAAUAAAUAUCCACGAACAAUAUUUAAAUUUAAACUUUAACGAAGCAACAAACCCCAACAAGAAUUUACAAAACAAAAAAAUUCAAAAUUCUUUUUACCAACCAACGAAAUACACAGAUAAAAAUAUAAAAAGCUGAAAAAAAAUUAUUUACGAAAGUAUUUUCUUGUAAAAAACUAAAGCAACGAAUAAGACUUUAUACAUAUUGUGUGCCUGAGUGUGUGUGUGUGUUUUGGAAAAUUCCGCAAUUUAGUGCGCAUAGUGGGGCAAAGUGGAUUUGUAAAAGGUGAUAAGAGUCUCCAAUAUUCAGCGAAAAUGGUAUCCGGUCGUCCUCUACUCUAUCUGUCACUACCCGGUGUAGCAUUUAUACUCGGCGUGUUUUGGUUUCGGCGUAGAAAUAAAAAUCGUUUAGAUAAAAGCGAUGACGAUGCAAACGCCGAUGCCAGCGCCAAAACAGUUAAAGAGGUCAAUGACUGCACACAGCGUACAGUCACAGCUAACGGUAAAUUGCCGAAUGGUAACGCCAAUGCCGCCUCCACUAAAGUGCCUCCAACAGUUAGCAAAUCUAUGAACAUAAGCUCCUCUUCCAACAAUGGCGACAAUAGCGAUGAAAAGGAAAGCCCCAACACGAUUCUAUUUGGCAAAUCGGCACCCAUCACCAUACAAAGCAAUGGGCGCGCCUCGCCGGGCAAGCACCAGCAGCAGAUUGAUUCCGAGAUGCUCAAGUCAAAGAUACAAGAUGCCGAGCACAAGAAACUCUGCUCCAUUGAUGAGGAUUUCGAGAAUCUUUCAUCGCCCAGAGAUUUGCCGGACUCGUUAAACAAUCGUGUGACCUUCUACAAUCGCAAGACCAAUCAGCGUGCCGAGGAGCCGGUGGUUAUCAAAGCAACACGCACGCCCAAAAUAUCGCCAGAGAAUUCAUUUCUCGAAAGCAAAUAUGCCAAGCAGGAGCAGAACAACAAUAACACUAACAACAAUAAUAGCAAUAACAAAGAGGCAAGUCCGACUCCUGUCGCUGCCACUGUCACUGCCAGUGCAACUUCCACUACCGAUGAGGCCUUAGAUGAUACAGUCAAGCAAACAAUGCUAACCAAAGCGGAGGAGUCUAACAUGCAGGAUGCAGACGCUGUCAAUGGCAAUCCCAAGCGCAAUGUGGAUGCAGCCAGUCCAUCGCUAAGCCUCUGCAGCGUUCAGUCCGGUGACUCUGGCAAGGGCUCUAGUCUGCCACGCUCCGAGGCGACAACAACACGCAUCAAAGCCAAAUAUGAGUUCUACUUCCCCAACAGUCUGGUGGGUCAGCUGUAUGGACGCCGUCGUGCGUUCCUCAAUCAGAUCAAGUCCAAAACACAGGCCACUGUUAUGCUAAGCAAAAUCAAAUAUUCAGGCAAGGUGCGCAUCUGCACCCUUGAGGGCAGUGACAAUGAGAUUGAAGCCGCUCUGGCCAUGAUCAGACAGCGCCUGCCAGCCAAGCGCUAUCCCAACUUUACAAUGCAACGCAUUCACUACGCGCUGCCACAAACUGUAGUUCCUCUAUCGACUGAAAGCCUCUACAAUCUAGAACUAAAGCUAAUCGAAGGCAUCAACAAUGAUGUGGUCGUCAGCGCUGUGCUCUCUGGCAACCAUGUGGUUGUGCAGCAUCCAUUGCAUCCCUCGCAUCCGACGCUGCAUGUGCUGCAGAACGCCAUGUACGAAAGCUACUCAGCCAUGGACGCACCACUGCUGCCCAGCAUUGAGCUGAGCGCUGUUUGCGUCAUGCCCAUCAAUGGAGUUUGGUAUCGUGCACAAAUUGUUGAUAUCGACGCCAGCGAUGCGGAGCGUUGCCUGGUCAAGUUCUUGGACUUUGGCGGCUAUAUGAAUGUUAGCUUUAAAUUAUUGCGUCAAAUACGCACGGAUUUCAUGACAGUGCCCUUCCAGGCAACCGAAUGCAUACUGUCCAACAUCGAGCCAAUCGAUGGUAGCUGGUCGGUCGAAGCGGCCGAUAUACUAAGCAAAUUAACCAAAGGCGUUGUCCUGCAAGCACAAGUGGCCGGCUACAAUAGCCAUAAUUUACCAGAAAUCUAUUUAUUUGCUUCAUUAGGGCCAAAUAAUGUAAUUUUUAUCAAUAAGGAACUGGUCGCUAGAAAUCUUGCAAAAUGGGUCGAGAUGAGUGACUAGCCCAACGCAGCCUACAUGAACAACUGCUAUCAAUCAACAAUUAACUACAACAAUAAGAGCAACAACAACAGCUGCAGCUAAAAUGAUUGAUCAUCAAGAUCGUGCACAGAUGCCAACAAAGAAACAAAAACUUAAACAGAAACUAAAAAAAAAAGUUGUA